AUGGGGACCGCAAAUGAAAAUUGGUGGCCAAGACUGGUGAAUGGGGGAAGCCGCUGUGAUGGCCGAGUUGAAGUUUACGAGAAUGGAAGCUGGGGCAGAGUGCAGGACACCCUGUGGGAUCUGAAUGAUUCUCACGUGGUUUGCAGACAGCUGGGAUGCGGUCAUGCCUUAGAAACGUAUAAGUCUUCACAGUACGAGGAAAGUGAUGGUCGUCCGUGGGUGUAUGAUAUCCAGUGUCAUGGACAGGAAUCUCAGCUCCGGGAUUGUAGGAUCUCAGGCCCAUUGAAUUCGUCUGUCGCUGACAGCAGUGACGUAGUCAUCCUCUGUUCAGAGCAUAUCCAGUUAAAGCUGUCAGAUGGUGGAAGCCCUUGUGCAGGUCGAGUGGAGAUUUACUACAAUGGGACAUGGGGAUCAGUUUGUGACGACUCCUGGGAUAUGAUAGACGCUGAAGUGGUUUGCAAACAACUGGGCUGUGGACACGUAAUGGAUAUGUCACUUCCUUCCUCGUAUGAACCGGGCUCAGGCCCAGUUUGGUUGAAAGAUGUGAAGUGUUCUGGAAAUGAAUCAUUUCUCUGGGAAUGUCCUUCAGCACAAUUGGGUCACCAAGACGAUUGUUCUCAUAAAGAGGAUGUGAGAAUUAUGUGCUCUGAUCACAAGGAGAUGCGGCUGGUGAAUGGAAAGAAUCGCUGUGAGGGGAGAGUGGAAGUAUUCUACAAUAAGACGUGGGGAACGGUGUGCUCAGAAAGUCUGGAUUUCCACGAUGCUGCAGUUAUUUGUAAACAGUUGCACUGUGGUGUCCUGGUGGAUGUUAGUUAUGACAAUAAAUUAUUCGGAGCAGGAACGGGACCUAUUUGGCUCGGUGAGAUUGAUUGUACAUCACACGAGUCAUCCCUUUGGAAACAGACACAUGAGAGAGUUAUCAGUAGGGGAAGAGGGUAG